AUGUCUACUGCUGCCCCUGCUGCUUGGAGACAGGCAUCCCGCGCCUGUUCGAGGCGUCUGUCCUCGCACGGCGCCUGGACUGCCCCUCGCCGCGUCCUCGCCACUGCGGGCGUCCGAGGUGCCCGGUCCUAUGUCACCGAGACCAAGGCCGGGCAAGCCCAGGUCAACGUGGAGACCGCGAUCAAGGAGGAACAGAAGUCAUUCAUGAAGAAGGCUGGUGUCGCCCCCCAAAAUGUCACCUUGCCCAGCUCCGCAACUUCGGGUGACGCCGCGAUGAGCCCGUCUGCCGGCAUCCUCAAGCAAGCCACCGUGAUGGACCAGGGAACCCGUCCCAUCUACCUUGAUAUGCAGGCGACCACCCCGCUCGAUCCCCGUGUCCUCGAUGCCAUGCUACCCUACCUCACUGGAAUCUACGGAAACCCGCACUCGCGCACCCACGCAUACGGCUGGGAGUCUGAGAGGGCCGUCGAGCAGGCCCGUGAGAACAUCGCCAAACUGAUCGGUGCCGACCCUAAGGAAAUCAUCUUCACCAGCGGUGCGACCGAGAGUAACAACAUGAGUUUGAAGGGUGUUGCGCGCUUCUUCGGCCGCUCGGGGAAGAAGAAGCACAUCAUUACGACCCAGACUGAACACAAAUGUGUCUUGGAUAGCUGCCGGCAUCUACAGGAUGAGGGCUUUGAGGUGACCUACUUACCCGUGCAGAGCAACGGUCUUAUCCGCAUGGAAGACCUGGAGGCUGCUAUGCGCCCAGAGACUGCUAUCGUCAGUAUCAUGGCUGUGAACAACGAGAUUGGUGUGAUUCAGCCCCUGGAGCAGAUUGGCAAGCUGUGCCGGUCCAAGAAGGUCUUCUUCCACACCGAUGGUGCUCAGGCCGUUGGAAAGAUCCCUCUGGAUGUGAACAAGCUGAACAUCGACUUGAUGUCGAUUUCCAGCCACAAGAUCUACGGUCCUAAGGGUAUCGGUGCCUGCUACGUUCGCCGCCGCCCUCGUGUUCGCCUGGAACCCAUCAUCUCGGGCGGUGGCCAGGAGAGAGGUCUGCGCAGUGGAACUCUGGCCCCCCAUUUGAUUGUUGGAUUUGGCGAGGCUUGCCGUCUCGCAGCUCAGGAUAUGGAGUAUGACACGAAGCACGUUCAGCGUCUUUCCCAGCGUCUCUCCGAGGGCCUGCUCUCGAUGGAGCACACUACCCUGAAUGGUGACCCCGAGCACCACUACCCCGGCUGUGUGAAUGUCUCGUUCGCCUACGUCGAGGGUGAGUCGCUUCUGAUGGCCCUCAAGGACAUUGCCCUGUCUUCCGGUAGUGCAUGCACAUCGGCCUCUUUGGAGCCGAGCUACGUCCUGCGUGCCCUGGGAAGCAGCGACGAGAGCGCCCACAGCAGUAUCCGCUUCGGCAUUGGCCGAUUCACCUCGGAUGCUGAGAUUGACUACGUUCUCACGGCCGUCCGGGACCGUGUGCAUUUCCUGCGCGAGCUGAGCCCCCUCUGGGAGUUGGUGCAGGAGGGCAUUGACCUGAACACGAUCGAGUGGAGCCAACACUGA